AUGACCUACGGACACACCGGAAGUCGUUGGUUUAGCUGACAGGCUGUUCGGUUGGACUCGGUACCGACCAUGGCCUCCAUCCUGGAAGAAUACGAGAACUCUUUGUCCCGUGAUAACUUCCCGAGCCAGAGCAGAGGCCCCGGCAUCCUUCUUUCUGGUUAUGUUAAUGCUCGCUUAGAGAAGGAGACCCCAAUAUUCAAUAAGCAACGGAUUGACUUCACUCCUCCAGAAAACAUCAAUAGCAUGGUGGUGUGUAGCAAUCAGCUCUGCAUGAGCCUGGGGAAGGAGACCAUUCUCCGGAUUGAUCUGGUGAAAGCUGACCAGCCAAAUCAAGUUGAAUUGGGUCGUAAAGAUGAUUUCAAAGUUCACAAAAUGUUCUUGGAUCCUUCAGGAUCGCACCUCGUGAUUGCUCUGAACACUAGCGAAUGCCUGUAUCUCAAUCGCAAUGCCCAGAAAGUUCGUCCACUUUCCCGAUGGAAAGGCCACUUGAUUGAAAGCAUUGGAUGGAACAAGUUUCAGAAGAAUGAUACCACCACAGGACCUAUACUAGUUGGCACUGCGCAGGGUCAAAUAUUCGAAGCAGAAAUCUCAACCACCGAAGGUGGACUUUUUGGCACAAAUCCUGAUCAGUAUUUUCGCUAUCUUCACACAUUGGAAGAAGAGACUGGACCUGCUCCAGUUUGCUGUCUAGAAAUCAACUGCGGAUAUGAAAACCGUUAUUGUGUCAUUGCAACUACUCGGAAAAGGCUUUUCCAGUUUGCUGCCAAAAUAACGGAAGGCACUGAGCAACAGGGGUUUGCACCACUUUUUAACCAGACUAUGGAUGACCUUCCAAGCAUCCAGGAAUUUCCAGGUAAUCUUGGAUAUAGUGAAAUAGCUUUUUACACUCAAAAACUUCGGGCCUACCCAACGUCAUUUGCUUGGAUGAUGGGAAACGGAGUGCUUUAUGGCAAUUUGGAUUUUACUCGACCUGACUCGGUAUUGACUGAUGUCCAGGUGUGGGAGUACCCUUCUAAUGUUGAAAAGCCCAUAUCCAUUGUCAUCACACAGUUUCAUUUCUUGCUCUUGCUUCCUGACCGAGUCAAGGCGAUUUGUACUUUAAAUGGCCAGGUAGUGUUUGAAGACAUUUUUACUGAAAAGUUUGGCCCUUUGAAAAGGAUGGUGAAGGAUCCAGUUAUAGGCCAGAUUUGGAUCCACACAGAGAGAGCCGUCUUCAGGUACCACGUUGAACGCGAACCUAGAGACGUUUGGAAGAUGUACAUGAACAUGGGCAAGUUUGACUUGGCCAAAGAGUUUUGUAAGGAUCGUCCUGAAUGCUUGGAUAUGGUGUUGGCCAAGGAAGCCGAGCACUGCUUCCAGAUGAAGAAAUAUAAAGAAAGCGCCAAGUGUUAUGCUCUCACUCAAAACUACUUUGAAGAAAUAGCUCUGAAAUUUAUUGAAGCCAAACAGGAGGAAGCACUUAUGGAGUUUCUCUUAAAAAAGUUGUCUAAUCUGAAGCCUACAGAAAAAAUACAGGUCACACUACUUACAACUUGGUUGACGGAGUUGUACUUGAAUCGCCUUGGAGCAUUGGAAAGCGAUUCCUCAAAAAGAAGCUUGUACCUGAAGACGCGGGAGGAUUUCAGAACUUUUCUCAGCAGCAAAAUAAAUAGGGAAUGCCUCAGUAAUAACCGUGCAUCUAUAUAUGAUCUCCUGGCCAGUCAUGGAGACACGGACCAUAUGGUUUAUUUUGCCGUACUUAUGGAAGACUACGAAAGAGUAGUAUCCCACCACUGCCAAAAUGAUGACUACGACGAAGCCCUCAAUGUACUUUCUAAGCACAAAGACAAAAACCUCUUCUACAAAUUCUCUCCUGUACUGAUGCAGCAUAUUCCCGAAAAAGUGGUUGAUGCUUGGGUCAGAAUGGGCAAGAAACUUGACCCAAAGAACCUCAUUCCUGCCCUUGUGAAUUACAAUCAAAGCGCAUGCACUCAGAUAAAUGAAGCCAUUAGGUACAUGGAGUUCUGUGUAUAUGAACUUCGGGAAACUGAACAGGCCAUUCACAACUACCUGUUGUCUCUGUAUGCUCAGUUUUUACCUGAUUCUCUGCUUAUAUACCUAGAGAAAGCUGGCACUAACCCCAACAGAAUUUAUUAUGAUCUAAAAUAUGCCCUGCGCCUAUGUGCCGAACAUGAGCACCAUCGUGCCUGUGUCCAUGUCUACAAAGUUAUGGAGCUCUAUGAAGAAGCGGUGGACCUUGCUUUAAAGGUGGAUGUGGAUCUAGCCAAAUCCUGUGCAGAUUUACCAGCCGAUGACGAAGAACUCCAGAAGAAGCUGUGGCUGAAGAUUGCUCGCCAUGUGGUUCAAGAGGAGAAGGAUGUGAAGAAGGCCAUGGUUUGUCUGUCUAGCUGCAACCUUCUUAAGAUUGAGGAUAUUCUUCCAUUCUUUCCAGACUUUGUGACUAUUGACCACUUUAAAGAAGCCAUUUGCAGCUCCUUGCAAGCUUACAACCAGCAUAUUGAGGAGCUUAAGCAAGAAAUGGAAGAUGCUACAUUGAGUGCUAAGAGAAUACGGGAAGACAUUCAAGAAAUGAGAAAUAAGUACGGUUCGGUGGAUCCUCAAGAUAAGUGUUCUGGGUGUGACUUUCCCCUUUUGAACCGCCCCUUUUAUCUCUUUCUUUGUAAUCACAUGUUCCAUUCAGAUUGCCUCAUACAGACAGUUUACCCCAACCUCCCACAGUAUAAACAGUUUAAGAUGGAAGACCUGCAGAAGAAACUGGCGGCUGCAGCCCAGCCUUCCAAAAGCCGCUCCCAUGCAAAGGAAGAGGACAGUAGAAGUCUGGAGAAAGGGCAGAAAAGCCGUGAACAGAUUAAAGCCGACCUUGACGACAUUAUUGCAGCUGAAUGUCCUUUUUGUGGUGAACUGAUGAUCCGAUCUAUUGACCAGCCCUUUAUAGAUCCACAGCGAUACAAGGAAGAGAUGCUCAGCUGGCUGUAGGACCUGUUUGUAAGGUUUUAGUGAAGCUAGGCCAGGACCUGGGUCAGCUUUGUAAACCUUCUUGUCUCUUAAGAGUAUGGCCACACAGGGCAGGUUUUGCGCAAUUCCGUGAUGGGGAUUUGACAUGCAUUUCAGCCUAUGUAUUACAGAAGGUGAAAUGUUUGGUGGAUAACCGCAGCAUAAAUUGACAUACUAGGAAUGUAAAAUACGCACCGCAGGUCAGUUUACUUUUUUUGCAGUGAGUGGAUGAGCUUUCUUAAAAUCUCAUCCCCCGUGCAGGUAUAUUGUUAAGUCGCUGCGGAUUUUCUCCAUGCAAAUCCACUGCAGCGCUAAAUCUGCAGCAUUUCGGUCCCAUGUGGACAUAGCCUAAGAGAAAAAUGAACUCUUGUCAGGGUUGAUGACUAUCUACAUGGAUUUGCAAAAUCGAAAACAAUGGGGGCACUCCCUUGUGAAAUACCUUUUAGGAUUCCCCGAUAAGGGUAGAAUACUUUACCAAGUCAUGUUGUGCAAACCAAGGCACAACACUAGAGGAUAGCGUGGUCUCUCUGCUGCUGCGCUAGUUUCCAAGGAUCGUCCAGAUGGCGUCCAGAAUACAAAUAGGAACACGUUCGCUCAACAUGGAGCAGAAAAAAAACAAACGCGUGCUGCUCUACUAUCUAUAAGAUUGUUUGUUAGAAACAUACAUAAAAUAAUACAAAUGAGAAGCUGAGACAGCAUGAUAAAGGUGGCGGCUUGCCACUGAAACACAUAGCUAGCUUCUGAGUCAGCCUGAUGAAGGUGGCGGCCUGCCACUGAAAUGCGUAGCUAGCUUCUGAGUCAGCCUGAUGAAGGUGGUGGCCUGCCACUGAAACGCCUAGCUAGCUUCUGAGUCAGCCUGAUGAAGGUGGCGGCCUGCCACUGAAAUGCGUAGCUAGCUUCUGAGUCAGCCUGAUGAAGGUGGCAGCCUGCCACUGAAACGCGUAGCUAGCUUCUGAGUCAGCCUGAUGAAGGUGGUGGCCUGCCACUGAAACGCGUAGCUAGCUUCUGAGUCAGCCUGAUGAAGGUGGUGGCCUGCCACUGAAACGCGUAGCUAGCUUCUGAGUCAGCCUGAUGAAGGUGGCAGCCUGCCACUGAAACGCAUAGCUAGCGCUUCUGAGUCAGCCUGAUGAAGGUGGUGGCCUGCCACUGAAACGCGUAGCUAGCUUCUGAGUCAGCCUGAUGAAGGUGGCAGCCUGCCACUGAAACGCAUAGCUAGCGCUUCUGAGUCAGCCUGAUGAAGGUGGCGGCCUGCCACUGAAACGCGUAGCUAGCUUCUGAGUCAGCCUGAUGAAGGUGGCGGCCUGCCACUGAAACGCGUAGCUAGCUUCUUAUUUAGGGUUUAUGUAUGAUUUUAAUAAACAAUCUUAUAGAUAGUGGAGCAGCACGCUUUAGUUUUUUCUGCUCCUUGUUGAGCGAACACUUUCCUGCUUACACUGCUUUAUGACCAUCGGAAGUCUUCUGGUAUGUUCUUCUAUGGUUGUCUGCAGUGAUACCAAUUCGAUACACAGUUGGUCACCUGAGUAAUGUCACUGGGACACUCCACAUUUUUAUCAGAUUAUUAAACUGUUUAAUAUUUCUAUAAUGAUGACAACCAUCAUGUAUGAAUUGCUUGUGGAAAUGUUUCGAUCUUGUUAUUUUGAGAGAUUUUUAUAUUUCGAUGAAAACACAAGUCACCUCUUUAGUGACUCUUAAUCUUUGUCUGUUUGCGGAUUGAUUUGCAUAGAUCCAGCUGAAUGUAAAAUACAGCAUAAUUCCAGAUUUUCUUUAGUGUCUUUUUUU